AAAACACAAGAUAACAGAAGUGCCACCAAAGCUCCAUUUUCAUCCCCACACACAGCAGAAGAAGACUGAGGAAUGUGGAGGAGACUGAGCUAAAACCCCCCAAAUUCGAAAAAUGAUCGUAACCCUAAACCCUAAGAUUCUCCACUUCUCCAAACUCAAUCCCCAAUCUCCUCGCCCUCGUCCCUCUCCACGCUUCCACCGAACCACCAUUUGCAAGCUUCAGAAUCCUCAAGAUGCGAACAAGACCGGAACCAUCUCCCUCUCCGAUUCCGCCCCGCCGGUUACUGAAGAGGGUUCCGCGAAAGGAGGUGGUAACGGCGGCGGAGGAGGAGGACGAGGAGGGGGGUUUCUGAAGAGGCUACCGAGAAAGGUGUUGUCAGUUUUGUCUAAUCUCCCUCUUGCUAUCACAGAGAUGUCCACCAUUGCUGCUCUCAUGGCUCUCGGCACUGUGAUUGAGCAAGGCGAAACGCCUGAGUUCUAUUUCGAGAAGUAUCCAGAGGAUAGUCCUGUCUUGGGGUUCUUCACUUGGAGAUGGAUCUUCGCUCUUGGGUUCGAUCAUAUGUACUCUGCUCCUAUUUUCCUUGGGAUGUUGGCUCUCUUGGCAGCUUCUCUUAUGGCUUGUACUUAUACCACUCAGAUUCCUCUUGUUAAGGUUGCAAGAAGAUGGAGUUUUAUGAAGUCUGAUGAGUCUAUCAAGAAGCAGGAUUUUGCAGAGUCUCUUCCAAGAGCUUCUAUUCAAGACUUGGGUGUCAUUUUGAUGGGUGAUGGUUAUGAGGUGUUUAUGAAGGGUCCGUCAUUGUAUGCUUUCAAGGGUUUGGCUGGUAGGUUUGCGCCUAUUGGAGUACAUAUAGCAAUGAUUCUGAUCAUGGUUGGUGGAACACUUAGUGCCACGGGGAGUUUUAGAGGCUCCGUCACUGUUCCUCAAGGGCUUAAUUUUGUCAUGGGAGAUGUCUUAGCUCCUAUUGGGUUUCUCUCUGUUCCAACAGAUUCUUUCAAUACGGAAGUUCAUGUUAACCGGUUCACCAUGGACUAUUACGAUAGUGGAGAGGUCUCACAGUUUCAUUCUGAUCUUUCACUACGUGACCUUAAUGGGAAAGAGGUUGUGAGAAAGACGAUUAGUGUCAAUGAUCCGUUGAGAUACGGUGGGGUCACUAUAUACCAGACAGAUUGGAGUUUCUCGGCUUUGCAGGUGAGUAAAGAUGGAGAAGGACCAUUCAACUUGGCUAUGGCACCUAUUAAGAUUAAUGGAGACAAGAAGUUAUAUGGGACCUUCUUACCAGUUGGUGAUACUAAUGCUCCCAAUGUCAAAGGAAUAUCGAUGCUUGCUCGGGAUCUACAAUCGAUUGUUGUGUAUGAUUUGGAAGGAAAAUUCGCAGGAAUAAGGAGACCAAACUCCAAGCUUCCCAUUGAGAUCGAUGGUAUGAAGAUUGUGAUUGAGGAUGCAAUAGGAAGCACUGGUCUUGAGUUGAAGACUGACCCAGGAGUACCAGUGGUGUAUGCUGGUUUUGGUGCUCUAAUGCUCACAACCUGUAUCAGUUACUUAUCCCAUUCACAGAUAUGGGCACUACAAAACGGAACAACAUUGGUGGUGGGGGGAAGAACCAACAGAGCCAAGAACGAGUUCCCUGAUGACAUGAAUCGUUUGCUGGAUCAAGUUCCCGAGCUAAUUAAGACUUCAGUUGAUUAGUCUGAAGACAGACCAGUAAAGCUGUACAGAAAGGUAUAUAAUUAUCAAGGAACACACUUGAGACUUGAGAGAGCAUUCUACACAUGUUUCUACUGAUUAUAUGGGAAGAGAGAGAGAGAAGCUAUUGAAACUUCAGAAUUGAUUUGCUUGUAAAUUUUGUUGAAGGUUACUGAUUCUAAACAGUAAAGUUAGAAUAUAUAGGGUGGAUACUAUCUGUUAUUUCAUUUGUGGGUAAAGUUUUUUGUUCGUCAAAGUA